AUGUCCCAAGCUCCAGAACUAAUAACACCAACAAGUACAGCGUCAGUUGGCUCCACUCCAGCAAAUGCACUGAAGAAAGCUCGUAUCCGGAAAGCGUGUGACUCUUGUAAUGUCAAGAGAACAAAAUGUGACGGGAAUCAUCCUUGUGCUCAUUGUAUUCAAGUAAAGAUUGAAUGCACAUACCUACGACAAGAAAAGAGAAGAGGAAGAGCCAGUGAAAAAUAUCCAAAAGAUAUCAAGAAAAGAAAAUUCAAAACCAGCCCUAAGAGUGAAACAAGUGAGCAUAGUUCGUCAACUAGUACCAGUGGCUUUAUUGGUGUUGGUAUUCCUAGUAAAAAACCUGAUGCUUCUUUGAUAACACAUAGAAAUCAUUCAUCAAGUAGAACAAUGUUCACACCACCCCAAAUAUCACCAACUGAUUCUGAUCAUUCAAUUCCCAAAGAUUUUGAACUAGGAGUAACAAAGUAUCCAAUAUUGGAAACCAUACGUGAUGAUUUGAUUGUAAUUGGGUUACCUUAUCAUGUUGCUGAUGAUUUAUUUGAGUUUUAUUUUGAUGAGUUUUAUCCCCCAGCUUCCAAAGUUUACUCAAUAUUGAGACACUGCACAAUGCUUGAAAGUAAAAGAAUAACACAGCCAAACUUGCUACUAGCGAUUCUUUUGGCGUCCGCUGUCCAAAUUGAUAAUAGAUUCUUUGCUGGAAGUACAAGAGCAUAUGUUUCUAAGAAAAUGUAUCAAUUGAUUCAAGAAAAAUUACCAACAAACAGCAAGUAUGCUACUUUAGAUGAUUUUAUUGUUGUGGUUCAUCUAGGGUUUUUUAUGCCUUGGUUAUCAUAUCCUAUUGAUUCUGUUUACUGGUGGGAAUUUGGUUAUGAACUAGGAGUGGAAUUGAAAUUGCAUAAGGAUGAUCCAAGUGAUUCUGAGGAAGUUAAAGAGGAGAAAAGACGUGCUUGGUGGGGGCUGUACAUCUUGGAUCGUUUAACAGCCAUUUGUUUCAAUAAAGAGAUUGUGAUUCAAGACGAUGAAUGUUCUGGAAUCUAUUUACCAGGUGAUGAAUCUCAAUGGGUCCAUUUCACAGAGCCAAUCACACAAUCUGCGGAUUUGGAUCCUUCGAGAGUUAAAGGAGUCAAAUUUGAUAAAGUUUCUGAUGGUAUUUAUGGUUGGUUUUUACCCUUAGGUAAGAUAAUGGGUGUUUUCACUCAAUAUAAAUCGUUAUGCAAAACAGGUAUCGAUGAUAAAAGGAAGCUCAAUCUGAAAGCCCAACUAAUAUCAUUUGCAAAUCAAAAUUUAGAUGCAAUUUCUAAAAAUGAACUAGAAGUUUUCACUGUUGGUUGUCCUCAUAAGGAAAAAUCGUAUAGUUUGGACAUGUGCUAUGCCAAAUAUAUUAAUUUAGUUUUAGGGUUUAUUCUUGAAGAUAUUGAAGGCUGGGAAGUUAUGGGUGAUAUUGAGAACACUUCUUCUGAAGCACAAUACCAGAGAUUGGCACACUGUAUUCAAGUGUUGGAGGAAAUAUUAAAAUUAGAUGAAGACUUGCACAGAUAUCCCUUUUUGGUUAGUUUUUUCCUUUUUUUAUUGGGUGUUUCAAUAUUAUCAAUUCUGAAUGAUAUAAGUAGUGCUGAUCACACCAAUAUUACUAAGAUUAACCGUUUCAAGUAUUAUGUCAAAGUGUUGGUUAGAGGGAUGGAGGCUGUUAUGAUCACAUUUCCAUCAGAUUUCUUGAAGAUGGUUAGAAAUCAAUUAAUUUGGAGUAUUAAAGAUUGCGAAAAUUUGAUCUUAUUGACCGAUUAUAUUGAAAAGUUCAAAGAGAAUGCAGAUAAAAGGAAAGAAGCUUUAAGAGCGUAUAGUUGGGCAAGCGGUGGUCGUGGUAUUGCCAUCUGA